AUGAAUGAUAAUUCUCAAAUUGACUAUGAAUUAUCAUUGAAGUAUUGGGCUGAUAUUCCACCGACUGUUGAUGGAGUUCUUGGUGGUUUUGGGUUUAUAUCAGAUGCGGAUAUUGAAGGUUCGCAAUUAUUUCUAAAAUCAAUACUUGCAUUAGAUAAUGCACCAGGAACAAAUCUCGCACUAGACUGUGGUGCUGGUAUAGGUCGAAUAACAAAACAUUUGCUAAUACCAUAUUUUAAAAAAGUUGAUGUUAUAGAACCUGAUGAGAAAUUCAUAAACACUAUUGGUGAUUUUGUCGGUAAAGAUAAAAGUAAAAUUGGAACUUUAUACAAAGUUUCUUUGCAAGAAUUUGAGCCAGAAAAGAAAUAUGAUAUUGUUUGGAAUCAGUGGGUAUUAGGGUAUUUAACAGAUGAGGAUCUUGUUCUAUACCUCCAACGUUGUAGGGAUGCUCUGUCUGAAAACGGUAUGAUUGUUAUUAAAGAAAAUGUCACAUCAUCAGGCGUUACAGAAAAGGAUGAUACAGAUUCAUCUGUUACAAGGUCUCUUAAGGAAUAUAUGAAAAUUUUUAAACUAGCGAAUCUAUAUAGAAUAAAACAAUGCAAACAAACAAAUUUUCCAAGUGGAAUUUAUCCUGUUUAUAUGUUUGCUCUUGUGCCAAAUGGACGUGUUACAGAAUCAUCAAACAUUAUGAAAACAAGAAGUGCAAGAAGUAACAUUGUAAAUACCCAAAUGUGUAAUAAUAAUAAACAGUAA